AUGAAUGAUCAAAUAUUAGAGAAAUCAUCAACAAAACCAGAAAUUAAUUUAACUUUUCCUGAACAAUAUUUUAUUCCAAGAUUGCCAAAUGCCUUGCUUGAAGAUAUAGAAGCGGGUACAAUUCAUAAGUUUGCAUCACAUUAUACUAAUCGUCAAGUACUUAUUGAUACAAUAGCUCAUGAUUUAAUAAACAAUUUCCAUUUCCUUUAUCCGACUCGUAAACAAUUUGAUGGCAUAGGUAUAGCUAUUGUUCGUAAAUUAAAGUUGCCAUUAACAAAAGACAAUGUUGGAACUUGGAAAGAUGCUAUUCAAAAUAAACUCAAAAGAAAACGUUUUGAACAUCGAGAAAAUGAAGAAGUAAAAGCUUAUCAGUCGAAAUAUUCAAGAUUUGGAUCUGGACGUCCAGUCAAAAAAAUGAUUGGUGAAGUUGCUGAACGAGAUCGACAAAAACAAAUAAUAUUAGUAACUUACGAUGAUGAUACAUUAACUGUUAUUCAAAAUAAAGCCAAAAAGUUACGUGAUGAUCCUCAACUUGAUCUUAAUAUUCGACUUCAAUUAUGGAAAGAAACUCUUCAUGUUAGACGUAGAGCUAUUCGUAAUCAAACAACAUCAGAAAUUCUUGAAGAAUUUCCUGGAUAUAAAGAUCCAGUGUUGUCACCAUCAAGCCCAUAUCCAAUGGUGUUUGCUGAUAAUACAAUCACUGUAUAUACAGAUUUUCUUUCAAUCGUUUCAGCAACAUCACCUGAUGGUGCUUUAGCACUUCUAUUAGCAAUGUAUGUCGUGUUCGAACUGAAUUUUCCUAAAAAUGGUCGAGCAAUACGAUUUUUGUAUUCAAUCAUGUUGGGUGAUACUAGAUACCUGUCGAAUAAAAUGCGUACUCUAAUCAAGGAAAAGAAUAUUGAAAUCUAUACUGAACAAAAUCGAAAAAUCUAUGAAAGUACAUGUUCGGUUUCAAAUAGUCACUCAGCCGUUAGUAAUGAUACUCAAUCUUUAUCACAAGCUAGUUCUAAUUUAUCAUCUACUCCACUUGAAGAUCUUUAUCAAUUACACAAUAAUAAUAAUUUAAAAAUGAAUACUACUAUUGCAUCUGCAGACUAA